AUGGACCCUAACAAACGGCAUGUUUUAAUUUCCAAAAGUCUAUCCAAGCUUCUACGACAUCAGGCAGUGAAAGAGAAUCUGGAUAUCGAUGAACAAGGUUUCGUUCCUUUGGAUCAGCUUCUGAAUCACAGGUACUUGAAAUCACUCAAUGCUUCUCCGCAGGACAUUUUCUGGGUUGUUAAUAAUAACGAGAAGAAACGGUUUCGAAUAGCAUUCAAGUCUGAUGAUCAGUUUUCCGACUCACAGACUUACGAUCCCCUUAAAGAAUACUUUGUGUGCGCGUUACAAGGACAUUCUUUGAGUAUGGUCAACGAUUCCUAUAAUAUGGUAAAACUCACCUCUGGCUCAUUGCCCGAGACAAUUGUUCAUGGGACAUACUUGAAAAAUUUGGAAGCAAUCAGAACCUCCGGAGGACUGAGCAAGAUGAAAAGGAACCACAUCCAUUUUGCCAAAGGUUUACCUGCUUGGCUCAAUGACGCAUCAGCGGAACCGAUCAUCAGCGGGAUGCGCAAGAGCUGUAAUCUUUUGAUCUUUCUGGACGUGGAGAAGCUCAGAAAGAGUCCUCUUGUAUUUUAUGAAUCUGGGAACGGUGUCAUAUUGACUCCUGGAGAUGAAAAUGGAAUAGUCAGUACACAUUUCUUCCUGAAAGUGACUGAUACCAAAGGCAAUCCAAUUGCCUUUUGA